AUGACGAGGGUGAAGAAGUGCCAGACAUCCCGCUGGAGCAUUUCGUGAAUCUCAGAACUCUUCGGUUUCCUGGAGAAAAACAUUGGAGGAAAAGCGAGAUGUCUAUUAAAUUCAGAAAAAUGAAAAAUCUGGAAAUUCUCCACCUUGGUCAUGUUUUGGUGUUACCGAACUGGAUAGGGGAGCUGUGCAAGCUACGAAUGCUGGACGUAUAUAAAAGUAAAGACAUACCUAGCAAGUUGUUAUCUAGAUUAACUAUGCUAGAGGAGUUAUACUUCGGUGAAGGUUAUCGACCGUAUUCCACGAUCAAGAGGUGUGCGGUGGAGAGUAAUAAUGUCUCUGAUGAUCUAAGAUUUUUGCCUCAUUUGACUGUGUGUGUUACCAAUCUUGGGAUGGGAGAUGUGUCUUUUCUCGGCGAUUUUAAAGUAGAAAUGUUGAAAAGGUUUUGGAUAACAGCAGGGAAAUACUCAGUCAGCCCCCGAUAUUCGAGUUUAGGGUGGUCAAAAGUAUUGGAAGUAGAGUCCUUGCAAAAUGACUUAUUAUCAAUGGAAGUUUUUAAGUCCUAUCUGAAAGUCGUGGAAUAUCUUAGUACUGAAGGAGAAAUGGAAGGCAUCUUUAACUUGUGUCCUCAACUCGAAGACACAGGUUUUCAGAAUAUUAGGAUCCUUAAGAUAGUGAACUCUCAUGAUAUUGAAUGUAUGGUUGAUAGCAGAGGAACAGGACAGGGACUUCCUUCCCUGACAACUGUGAACGUAUUCCCCAUCUUGGAAAUACUUUCAUUACAAUAUAUGCCGCAGUUGGAGAAGAUGUGCUAUGGGCAACCUCCAUUAAGUUGCCUGGGACAGUUAAGAUGUCUUUUUAUAAAGAAAUGCCCAAGAUUGAAGAAUAUAGUUCCAGACAUGCUUCCAGGUGGCGGAGAACUGUUGGAGGAACUGACAAUAGAGAAUUGUGACGCCAUGAACUAUGUGUAUGACGUGGAGGCAGAAGCAACACCUUAUCGCAUGUCAUUGCUCCCUUCUCCUACAACUAUACACCUGUUGAAACUUGAAAAUAUUCGAAGCAUAUGGAAAGGGCCACCCUACAAAUUGAAAUGGAAAGAGCCCGUUGACGAGGAAGGGGAAGUUGGAUCUUCAACAACAUUUGUUAAAGCUAUCCUCAGAAGCCUCGAGUCUCUUGUUACUUUAAAGAUCUCUUUAUGUGCUGAGAUGGAAGAAAUCUUCCCACUUCUUGACAUUCACAAUCGGAAGUGCGAUGGCCUACUCUCAAAGUUGGUUGAGUUACACUUAAAAUGGUUACCUAAACUGAAGAGCAUAUGGCCAAAUUAUCAUUGGCUGCUGCACAGACUUGAAAGCAUUUAUCUGUAUAAAUGUGAUAACUUGACGACUCUUUUUACGUCCGCUGUUGCCAAGAGCUUAGUCAGAUUACAAAAGCUUCAGAUCAAAAGUUGCAAAGCUUUAGAAACAAUUAUCGUGCGAGAUGUUGACUCGUGUGAAGUUUCGACGGGUAUGCAAGAUAGCUUCAAAGAAAUCAAGAUCAUCGAAAUACUCUCUUGUAACAAUUUGAAGAGUGUCCUGCCAAUAUCUUUCAUUACCCAUGGUCUUCCAAAACUCGAAAGGUUACAUAUAGAUAAAUGUGCUAAUCUGGAUCAAGUUUUCGUAGACCAGAAGGGAAUUGUGUCAAAGACAGCGAUUAUUGAGUUGAAGGAUCUGCAAUAUUUGAAGCACUGGAAUCUCCCAAGACUAGUUAGUCUUGUUCCAUUUAAUUGGCAUCCAAAGAUCUCAUUUCUUUCAGAACAAUCAAGAAACCUGAGAAAACAGGUUGAUAACUGCAACGAAGUGGAAAAUCUAAUUGAACCUGCAAGUGACGUACAACUGCCGUAUUUUCCCAAUCUCAAAGGCUUGAAUCUGAACCACUUAUCCAAUUUGGCAUAUAUAUGGAAGGGGACCAGGGAGUUGAUCAACCUGUCUCGUCUUAAAUACAUUAGACUGUAUGAAUGUGAUAGAUUGACGAGUCUUUUCACAUCCACUCUCACCAAGAGCUUAGUCAAAUUAGAAGCGCUUCAGAUCAUGCACUGCAAAGCGUUAGAAACAAUUAUCGCGCGAGACGAUAAAUCAUGUGAAGCUUCGACGGGUAUGCAAGAUAGCUUCAAAGAAAUGAAGAUCAUCAGAGUUGAAUUUUGUGACAAUUUGAAGAGUGUCCUGCCAAUAUCUUUUGUUGCCCAUGGUCUUCCGAAACUUAAAAGUUUUACUAUAGCAUACUGUGAUAAUCUAGAGCAAGUAUUCGUAGAUGAGGAGGGAAUUGUUGCAAAGACAGCGAAAAUUGAAUGGAAGAAUCUGGAUUUUUUGGUUCUUUGGAAACUCCCAAAACUAGUUCGUCUCGUGCCAUUUAAUUGGCAUCUAAAGAUAAUCUCAUCUCUUUCGGUAUUUGCAAUAAGCCUUAAAUAUCAGGAAGGACCGUGGAUGAUGGACAUUGAAACAUGCAGUUUCCAUCUGGAAGAAGCACUACUUGAUGUUAAAGAAGCUCAACAGCAAGUCUUCACACAGUUAAAGAAGAUGGAAGUGGUUGACAUGCCCCGUCUAAAGCAUCUAUGGAAGGGGCACACACAUUUUCUCAAUUUAUGCAACCUUGCUGAAAUAUAUUUAAAGGAUUGUGCGUCCAUCAAAAAUCUAUUUCCUCUCUCGGUGGCUCAAAAUCUCCCAAACCUAAAAUCGCUAAAGGUUGUCAACUUCUCUGAGCUAGAACACAUAUUUGGUGAUGAUAUAAGAUCAGAAUUAAGGAAGUCAACAAACAUCAAGAACAUCAUUACGCUUCCUUUGCUGAAGAGAAUGGUACUCAAAAAAGUUGGUUGCUUCUCCAGCAUCUGCCCACUGGAUUACGUCUUGGACUGUGCAUCAUUUGUACAGCCGACUCAGGUGACUAUUGAAAACUGCAAGACAUAUGUUUAUUAUUCUGAUGACUUGGGAAGGUACCUUAGAUUUAUUCUCCCCAACAUAACGACCUUGUGUCAGUUAGUGAACUUAUCUCAGCUUCGCCACAUCACAGUGAAAGAUUCGGUGGCCCUCUCCAAGAGUCUAUUUCCGCGUAACAUUGCUCAAGCGCUAGGCUCCCUCGAAACUCUAAAGGUUGCCAACUGCAACGAAUUGGAAAAUCUAAUUGAACCUGCAAGAGACCAAGAUUCUACUCAACUACAUGAGAACAACUCAGCUACAUGCUUCCCUUGUUUGAUGUAUCUCGCUGUAUACAAAUGUGAAAAAUUAAAAACCGUGUUUCCACUCUCUGUUGCUCAAAGUCUUCCAGAACUUAGGGACAUUUUCUUGCGUAGGGCUCGUAAACUGGAAGAAAUAUUUACUGACGAUCUCAAUGAAGAAUAUGUAUCAGGAUGUAAUAAGUUGAUCAAGCUCCCGGAAUUGACGAGACUCCAUUUUAGCCAACUGCCUCGCCUGUCCCGCAUGUGUCCAGCAGGUUAUGCUUUAUGCUGCCCAAAUCCUCCUAAAGAUUUGCUCAUACAUGAAUGCCCAUUGAUGGACGCUGAUAAAUGCUUCCCCCCAAUAUACAGCGAAAAUAUUAGGCAAUGUGCUAUUGAGUGGAACACUAGCCAGAGGAUGAAUUAACCUCAGUACACCAGAAAGGCAGAGUUAGCCUGAGAGGUGCUGAAGAGCAUUAUGAAUGGGUACUCAGUGAUAGAAUAUAAAUCUAUUCCUGGGGCCUAAACCAUCAGCUUAAGCUUUUGGUUGAGUUGGUCCUUUGACAUGAUAUCAGAGCCAGUGUGACAUAAAGGUCACGGGUUCGA